AUGUCUGGCAAUAUCCGCAACAAUAAUCAACAGCAAUGGAAGUGUGCUAAAUGUACAACGUUAAAUCACAUAUCCCUGUCAGAAUGUGAGGUAUGUGGCUACCGAAAAAACGACGUAAAAGGACAAGCUAGCACGACAGGGUCUCUCCGCUGUCCGAGAUGUAAAACUGAAAAUUGGUCAUUCAUGGCUGAAUGUGCCGGAUGUGGUGCAUCACUUACCACUGAGUAUACCAAAAAUCAAAUUGUACCCGCAAAAACAGCAACGAUCAUAACGCCCAAACCAACGCGGCAAGAAGUAAAGGCAACUGCAGCAACACAACCAGUGAUUAGUGGUGUACAGUCCUUCCCCGUUGUAGCCUCAAUUUCUGCCGGUGCUGCCAUCGUCUCGUCCAAACCUCCGAUGCGAUUGAUCGAGAAGGCGAUGAACGAUCAUGAAUUGAAAUGGUACUAUGCUCAGCACCAAUGGGUGAUGAUAUCACUGAAACAACACUCAUCGAGUAUUGAUAUCAGACGUGUCCAUUCACUUAUUGAACGGUUGUAUAUGUCAAAUGAAUAUAAACCCGAUUUGCAUCAACCAUUGGGCCAACUUCUGUUCAACACUUGCCAGAUUUGCCUCGACUCUCAAUCGCAGCCACUUGUGGAAAUGACUACAUGUGGCCAUCGAAUGAUAUGUCGUAGUUGUUAUCAACAAUAUUUAUCCGUUCGAAUCCGGGAUGGUGAGGUGAUGCCGUGGCUACCGUGUCCCGGCGAAGUGUGUCCAAUACCGUUGUCGUGCCAAAAUUUGAUUCACGAUGGACAACUGAGUGUGGAACAGUUACUUGAGUUUUGUCAAGUUUAUAUGAAUAAAAAAUUGAACAGAAAUGGAAAUUUUGUUCAAUGCAAAACUCAAUCAUGUCUUGGUGGCUUUUUACAAUUCGGAGAGCCGAAAACCGAAAAAGUGAAAUGUCAAGUAUGCAAUCAAAAACAAACAAUAGAAAAAGGUAAGGAUGGCGAUUUAGAUGAUGAAUUUAAAAAGAUGGUUCAAAAAGGUCUUUUACGUGAAUGUCCAUCGUGCAAACAGCUGACAAUGAAAGAGAAGGGUCUGUGCAAUGUUAUUGAAUGUUGUAAAUGUUCAGUCUGGUGGAAUUGGUCAACAAGAGAAAUGGGACAUGAUGGACGAGAUUUAAAAGAGCGUGCACGAAUGAACGGGACAUUGUGGGAGCCCGGAGAACUAGCAUAUCAACAAGAUUUACAACGACGAAAUCCAGAAGAAUUCAAAGCUCUGUUAGCAAGAAACGGGAUUCAGUAUGAUCCAAAUUAUGUUCGAGGCAGAAGAUCCUAA